AGCGAGGCACGCGAUUCGAGCCGCCCGCCAAUCGUGAAUCUUUCCCUUUUCGAUCCACCAUCAUCCAUCCACCUCGAUGCGCACCUCAUCCACGCUCCUUCACCCUUCGAGUCACACCCGCGAGGAUGUCCAACAGCACCAACAAUGGCAGGAUAGCGGGAGCAGGAACAAAAGGCAGACCCGUCGUCUUUAUGGAUGUCACGAUUGGUGAUCAACCAGCUGGGAGGAUUAAAUUCGAGCUCUUCAGCGAUGUGGUGCCCAAGACGGCGGAAAACUUUCGACAACUAUGCACAGGCGAACAGAGGAUCAACCACUCGCCUCAAGGUUACAAGGGUGCCGUCUUCCACCGAGUGAUCAGAGAUUUCAUGGUGCAAGGAGGCGACUUUUUGAAUGGCGAUGGAACAGGAUCUUAUUCCAUCUACGGGGACAAAUUCGAGGAUGAGAACUUUGCUGCGAAACACGAUGCCCCUGGAUUACUCAGCAUGGCCAAUAGCGGGCCGAAUUCGAACGGCUGCCAAUUCUUCAUCACUUGUCAACCAGCAGACUUUUUGGAUGGCAAGCAUGUCGUCUUUGGAAAAGUGGUCGAAGGCAUGCUGACAUUGAGAAAGAUGGAGAAUGUGCCCACGGGGCAAAACAAUAGGCCCAGGUUGGCAGUCAGAGUGACGGAGUGUGGGGAAAUGUAAAGAGUGGAGCGGGUAUUGGUAUUGCGGGCCGAGAGUGAAUGCGCGCCGAAUCAUAUACACUGACAAGGCUGAAAGAGUAAAGGGCUGCAAGCGCGCCGUCAAAGACAACACUCAGUAUCGCAAAUGUUCUCCUCCAAACGUGUCGCUGGAAUAGCGGUUCUUGUUGCGUAUAGCUUGGCGCCGCGAUGCGGAUCCCCACUCGCUGGUACUCGCACUAUGAUCGGAAGCGACAGACUUGGCGGCGUUCGUCUCGGCCGAGCUGUUCGUGUUUCUUGAACCGUCGGUCAAUCUCGUCUUUGCGCUGAUGGCAUCCGAAGCGCCGCGUAUGGCUUCGGCCGUCGUUGGAGCAUCACCUGGCCUA